CUGGUGGCGUGAAUCACCCGGAGUGACUCUGAGAGCAGCAGAGGAGAAGCUUCUGUGUGAGAGCAGCCAGAGGAAGGAAGAGAAACUACAAGAAGUCCUGCGUGGAAACAGCGGCUCGCAUCUUUGUACUGUGCCUUUUUCUUCUCCACCGAAAUAAGAAAGCAAGAAAGCAUACCAAGGGACAGUAGAGCUGUGUGACUAGACCCACUUUUGAACAUCAACCCUCAUUAAAGCUGGGCUGCUACUGUCAGACUGGGUUGGAGGACAAUCAAGUCCAACUGCUGCUGCCGCUGCUGGUGUGUUUUGUGUGGUGUGGACUUUCUCACGUUGCGGUGGACCCCAACGCACACAUACAGGAGCUUGCAUGCCUGAUACUCCCACCACCACCACCACCACCACCUCCCACCUCCCUCUCCGACUCUCUCUCCGGUGCACACACACUCAGAAGGAGAGGCAGAGCGUGAGCGUCGGAGCCCGUCGUGUUGAGAAGAGAGGAGAAUAGUGGAGAAGCUGCAGACUCUACCAUGUCAGUGCAGGGAGGAAGGCUGAAGCGCUGCCUCUCUCUCUGCCUCUGGAGCCGGAGUCCUCUGCUAUUGCUUGGACUGUUCUCUCUGCACGCACAAGCACACGGCAACAUAUUGGACAGUAUGCUGCUACGAGCAUCGAGUAAGGAGGCAGUGGAGAGUGGGAAGGAGGCUUUUGGCAGCACAGCUCCUGCUUCAUCCUCCCAAAGACUCCUGUGGUGUCACUGUUAUCACCACUGCCCAGAAGAUUCAACCAAUAACACAUGCAGGACGGAUGGCUAUUGUUUCACGAUGGUGAAGGAGGAAGGAGGAGUACCGGUCCAGACUGCAGGCUGCCUGGGGCUGGUCGGAUCUGAGUUUCAGUGUAGGGACACAGGAAACUCACGUCAAAGGAGAUCGCUCGAGUGCUGCACAGAUGAAGAUUACUGUAACAAAAACCUGCAUCCUACACUGCCGCCGCUCAAACCACCUCUCUAUGUAGAUGGGAAGAUCCACCACAUGGCCUUGCUGAUUUCAGUCACUGUUUGCAGCAUUAUACUGGCUGUCAUUAUUGUGUUCUGCUACUUCAGGUACAAGCGACAGGAGUCUCGUCCUCGGUACAGCAUUGGUCUGGAACAGGAUGAGACGUACAUUCCCCCCGGAGAGUCUCUGAAGGACCUGAUAGAACAAUCUCAAAGCUCUGGCUCAGGCUCAGGACUCCCUCUAUUGGUCCAGAGAACGAUAGCCAAGCAGAUUCAGAUGGUGAAGCAGAUCGGCAAGGGCAGGUAUGGAGAGGUGUGGAUGGGCAGGUGGAGAGGAGAGAAGGUGGCUGUUAAAGUUUUCUUCACCACUGAGGAAGCCAGUUGGUUCAGAGAGACUGAAAUCUACCAGACUGUCUUAAUGAGACAUGAGAACAUACUGGGUUUUAUAGCUGCAGAUAUUAAAGGAACUGGCUCUUGGACCCAACUCUACCUAAUCACUGACUACCAUGAAAAUGGAUCUUUGUAUGACUACCUCAAAUCAACCACUCUAGACAAUAAAGCUAUGCUGCGACUGGCCUACUCCUCGGUGUCGGGACUCUGUCACCUCCACACGGAGAUCUUUGGCACUCAGGGCAAACCUGCCAUCGCUCACAGGGAUCUGAAGAGUAAGAACCUGCUGGUGAAAAGAAAUGGGACCUGCUGUAUAGCUGACCUCGGCUUGGCAGUGAAAUUUAUCAGUGACACAAAUGAGGUAGACAUCCCUCCCAACACUAGAGUUGGCACAAAGCGCUACAUGCCUCCAGAGGUUCUGGACGAGACUCUGAACAGAAGUCAUUUUCAGUCGUACAUCAUGGCUGACAUGUACAGCUUUGGGCUCAUUCUCUGGGAGAUUGCUCGACGUUGUGUCUCAGGAGGGAUCCUUGAGGAGUACCAGUUACCGUACCACGAGUUAGUUCCCACAGACCCUUCAUAUGAAGACAUGAGAGAGGUGGUCUGCAUCAAGAAACUACGACCCUCCUUUCCUAAUCGAUGGACCAGUGAUGAGUGUUUGAGACAGAUGGGGAAGCUGAUGACAGAAUGCUGGGCCCACAACCCAGCCUGCCGCCUCACAGCACUACGGGUCAAAAAGACACUUGCCAAAAUGUCAGAAUCACAGGACAUCAAGCUGUGAGUGGGCACCACCAGGUGUGUGUUUACAUGCAUAGAAAGGGCACUAACAAUCACACCGGCUCCGGUCCACGCCGCACAAGCCUUUUUCCUGGGGAAAAAAAAGAGGAGGGACAGGAAGCAAGAAGAUCACUUAGAAGAUCACACGAUGACAAACUUUUGAGUCCAAACACCCAGAACUCUGCAACCCGAGUCCCCUAAAUACAAUCAGGUCCUCUGUGGCCGUGCUCUGUUCAUCAAAGAGGAUGAGACCGUUUCAUUUCAGACUAGUGUGAGUACCCUAAAUCCAGAUAUAGGCUCCUGUUUACAGGCUCCCAAGGCCUUGGAGAAAGAGACUGAGUUUGGCUUGGCACUGUAGCUGCAGAGAUACGCAAACAGGCUACUGACCAGUGAGUGGAAUAUGAUCACUGCUUUCUGUGAAAGCUACCGUACUUGUAGAUGAAGAUCUGAUUGAUAGAACUGAAGGGAUGUGCUUCAGAGCAAGCUGUUAUUGCAGCAUUGACACAUCCUUUCCUAACACUAUCACCCCACGACUGGCUUCAAUUGAAUUUUAACACAUUUUUUGUCACUCUUAAAUUGACUGCUUUUGGUUACAAGAACUGACAGGGGGGGAAAAGUAUUUUGAGGCUUUAAAAUGUUUUUUUAUGCUGAUUGUAGGCACUGAAAAAAAGGUAAAAGUUGUGUUUUUGUGAUGGGCUAACGAAAGUUGCAAAAGUUCAUUUUCCAUAUAAGACUCAAACUCUAAGACUAUUUGUGAGAAAAUAAAAUUUCUAUGUACAAAUAAAUUUUGGAUUGAGGCUUUGAAGGCCUCUGUGUGUCCUUGCCCUCUGAUGGAAACAGAAGCUGCCUGAAUGGAGGAAGCGGCAUAACAUUAAAGGAAUGAUUGGAGCAGAACAGUGCCCCCAGUAUGCGCUUUCCAGUAAAUACAAGAAGGAAAGACUCGCAAGUCAAUCUGAAACUGCUUUACACUAACUGUAGUGGUGACUUCUUGUUUGGUGAUGUAGUGAUCUAUUAUAAAUGUGUGGAAUUUUGUUAGCUUAGGGAUACCACAAGUUGUUUCUCAUGAGGGAUUGCUAUCGUUCAGUCAUUCCCGAAAAUAUAAAGUGGCUCCCAAUACGAGGCUGAUAAUGAAAAUGUGUAUUUUAAGCAGCGGGACCAGAGGCGUUCACUCACAGUGAAACAAACAUUACUGUUGAAAAAUCAGAUGUCCCAAGAAAGCACCCCAAACUCUUCCACCACAUGAAUUAAAGACCAUGUUGAACUGAUUCACGAUAAUUAACCAUUCACAACUGUCACAAUGAAACCAGAUGGCACUUGAGUCAAUUAAAAUUUCCAUCAUCCUGUUUCUGUUAGUGAAGGUUAUCCACUGAUUCUCACAUAGAAGCAGCCCACUCUUAGAAAACCUAAGCAGCCUCAUACUGAAGCUGCUUAGGUUCUCCAGGUAAAUCCAACCAUCUUUGAUCAUCACAGUGAGCAGGCUUUUAGGUCUUUACAGUGGUCUACUGUCACUGCAGUGCCAGUUAAGAUUUCCCUCAAACGACACAGACUCAUAUAUAUAUAUAUAUAUA